AUGGAGAGCGUGGUACAGCCUUCAGUGUUUGUGGUGGAUGGACAGACGGACAUCCCGUUCAGGAGGCUGGGGCAGAACCGCAGGAGACGGCGCUGCAGCAUCUCCCAGGUUAGCCUGGUCCUGAUACUGCUGCUGGGCGCUGGCCUGGGCGCCCAGGGCUGGUUCCUACUCAGACUGCAUCAGCGUCUUGGGGACAUGGUAGCUCGUCUGCCGGAUGGAGACACGAGCUCUUGGGAGAAGCUGAUCCAAGAUCGGCAGUCUCACCAACCCAACCCAGCGGCACAUCUUACAGGAGCCAACGACAGCCUGAUCGGUGUGGGCGGACCCCUGCUGUGGGAGGCCCAGCUUGGCCUGGCCUUCCUGAGAGGCCUGAUGUAUCACGAUGGCGCCCUGGUGAGCACGAAGGCUGGCUACUACUACGUGUACUCAAAGAUACAGCUGAGCGGCGUGGGCUGCCCCCAGGGGCUGGCCAGCGGCCUCGCCAUCACCCACGGGCUGUACAAGCGCACGUCCCGCUACCCGAAGGAGCUAGAACUGCUGGUCAACCGGCGCUCGCCCUGCAGCCGGGCCAACAGCUCCCGCGUGUGGUGGGACAGCAGCUUCCUGGGCGGCGUGGUGCGUCUGGAGGAGGGCGAGGAGGUGGUGGUCCGCGUGCCCGGGAGCCGCCUGGUCAGACCCCGCGAUGGCACCAGGUCCUAUUUCGGAGCAUUCAUGGUCUGA